AGAAAGUGAUUGUAAAUUCUGUAAAAUUUAAAUUUGUGUAUUUCAAUAAACAGAGUAGUGCACCUUUAGAAUGAUUCCUGAAAUAUAUUUUUGAUAAUUAAUAAAACUGAAUCUAAAAUUAUACAAACGUUGAUCCAGUGCAAAAUUAAGUUUGUGUAUACCGAUUUCUAGAAGCGCACUAAAUACAUGAGCAUGAUAAAAUACUGAAUCAGAAUGGAAAGCAAAAAAGGAAGUUUCAUUGUUUUUAUAGUUUUUAUUUUCGUCAUCGUCGAAGCAAACGGUUUCGACACAGAAUUGUUUGAAACAUCGGCGUGCGAUAGCAAUGCUUGUUUUGAGGCGCUUCACGGAGCUCUCGGCGAUUGCUCGUGUAACGUAGACACGAUCGACUACUUUAAUAACGUGAAGAUCUUUCCACGGAUUCAAAGCCUCGUCAGUAAAGACUACUUUCGUUUUUUCAAAGUAAAUCUAAAAAAGGAGUGUCCCUUUUGGGCCGACGACAGCAGAUGUGCCAUGAAAUAUUGUCACAUCAAAACCUGUUCGCAAGAGAGCGUACCUGGGUAUAAGAAUGACUACGAGGACGAAGAGGAGGAGGAGAAACCUGCAGCAAAGUAUGCAGAAAACGCUCAAUCCAGUUGUAAUUCGGACAGCGAUCAUGAUCCAACAUUAGGAUACCUAAAUAUGACCCUGAGUGCCGCAAGCCAGUAUGAAAUUGCUAAAUGGAAAGCGUAUGACGCUUCACUAGAAAACUUCUGUGAAAAUGAUGACAAAGAUGCCGAUGCAGACUAUGUAGAUCUGUCAUUGAAUCCUGAACGGUAUACGGGAUAUAAAGGUCCCUCGGCUCAUAGAAUAUGGCGCAGCAUAUACCAGGAGAAUUGCUUCAGACCUAGAACAAAUCCGUAUGAAUCCUUCCCGUAUGUGCUAAGUUCAGAUUUAAGUAAUAUGUGCUUAGAGAAGAGAGUAUUUUAUAGAGCUGUCUCGGGCUUGCACACCAGCAUCAAUAUACAUUUAUGUUCAAAGUAUUUGCUAUCAGAAAAGAAGCUGGGAUUUGUUGCGGCUCCGGAUGGUGAGUGGGGCCCUAAUUUGGCUGAAUUCCAGAGAAGGUUUGACCCAUCACAGACCCUGGGAGAAGGCCCAAAUUGGCUUAAAAAUUUGUACUUUGUGUAUUUGUUAGAAAUGAGAGCUCUGGCAAAAGCUGGCCCUUAUUUGGAAAGAGAAGAUUAUUUCACUGGGGACCCCUCGGAGGAUGAAGAAACGAGGGACGCCAUACGCAACAUGCUGGGUGUAAUAUACACAUUCCCAGAUCAUUUCAACGAAUCCUCAAUGUUCAAUGGUGGAAUACAAGCGACGACUUUGAAAAAUGAAUUCAGAGAGCAUUUUUGGAAUAUAUCGAGAAUCAUGGAUUGCGUUGGCUGCGACAAGUGUAAACUUUGGGGGAAGCUGCAGACGCAAGGUUUAGGGACAGCAUUGAAGAUAUUAUUCUCCAGCCAGUGGGAUCAGGAAGCCAAAGACCCCGAUCAAGGAAAAUUGUUGUUACGCCAUAAAGCAAAUAAGAGACUACAAAGAACGGAAAUUGUUUCAUUGUUCAAUGCUUUCGCAAGAUUAUCUAAUAGCAUUCGGGAGCUGGAGAAUUUCAGAAAUAUGUUAAGGUAUCCUGAAGAAGAGAUCCAUUACGUUAUGUGUACAAAGGUGUAGCCGGAAUAGCUUAGGUAUUUAUAUUAUAGUAAGUUCAUUUGCAUCAGUCUGGAGUCAGGGUAUGUUACCUAGAUAACUCAAAGUUAAUCCCAGCUUAAAUAUUAUAUUGUCGUGUCUCUCGUUAGUCGUUACUCGUAAAUGUGUAUGAAAGAGAAGGGAUUAGCGAUAAAUGACAAUAAUAGCAUAGACCGGUGCAAGUGGAUCGAACAGCAAACAUGA